AUGAGUGACUUCCAAACAAACAUUCACGAGGGUGAAUACGUAUCAACUGCGCGAAGCAAACUACCACUUAGCCAAGAAGCAUCAGUUUCCGAUACAAAAGUGCUUAGUCCAAGAGCAUAUACUCCAGUACGAUUGAAUAGUCCUCACAUGUCGAUGGCAGAGCUAGCUAUUGUUAAUAAUAAUAUACUUUCAUCACAAGGAUUACAACAACAAAGAUAUGCAAAUGCAAGUAGUGAGUCAAAUCAACCACAUAAUCUCCAGCAUUUUAAAAACAACAACAAUAAUAAUAAUAGUAGCGCCGCAGCCCCAACUUCUCCGACGCCACAGUUUUCCAAUUUUGACAAUGGGCAAGAUAUUAUGAUAAACUCUCCUCCAUUGCUCCCAUCAACACCAAGCUCCUUCGAUGUCGAUGGAAUGCCAGUUUCUACACCGGCAAACCUACCGAAACUUGUACAUAAAUGGACCCACACCCAUUCGAUAUUGUGUUGUAUUGCAUCACCAGCUAAUAACUUGCUCUUUUGCGGAACCCAAGAUGGUAAGAUAUUGGUGUUCGAUAUGUUGACAUACAGUUUGAAACAUGAAAUAAACCGGAGUGAAACCCCACACCAGAAUAGUUCGAUAUUAACCAUUUGUAUAAAUAAAAAGGAGGAUACUUUAUUUGUUGCCGGAUCCGAUUCUUUGGUGAAAGUAUAUGAUUUCAAGACUGGAUUUCAAUGCACUCAUAUCAUUUAUUCGUUGGUCGAUAUUGGUGAUAUAUUCUCCCUUGCAUGGUGCGAUAACUCACAGACACUAAUUAUUGGUGCUCAAAAUGCCAGUAUAUUAUGGUGUAAGUUAUUUGUUGCUAAUGGAAAUGCCAGGAGAGUUAACUUGGAGAACUUGCCUCAUUAUAGAUACGACAAGUUUUUUGACUCCAAGGGGCCUGGCGGGUCCCAAAAUACGCUACAAACAAGGCACGAAUUAAUGAGGAAGAAUUCGAGGAAUUCUACUCCGGUAGACGAGAGCAAGCCUGUUGUGUCCUUUAUUGAAUGCAAGCAAGAGGAUAUUGUUAGAUUUUCUCAUAAUGGAUAUGUCUACUGCCUUGAUAUUGUUGAGACUGCAAUUGGCCAUUUUGGUGAAGGAAAAUUUCUCAUUUCAGGUGGUGGUGAUGGCGUGAUUAACAUUUGGACAAUGAAUCAAAAUGGAUUGAAGAAGUUGACAUCACUACAAAAUGAUGAGUCGGUGUUAUCUAUGACAAUACAAGGCUCGUUACUUUAUGUCGGAUUAGGUGACUCAUGCAUCAAUGUAUGGGACUUGUUAACUUUGCAAAUGAUUAGGUCUUUUGUAUUUAGCAAGGAAGGCAUGAAUGAAGUCUUGAGUUUAGGUGUGCAUAAGGAUGCACUAUACAAAGCUUGCUCCGGCUCAGGCUUGGUAAAGCUUACGAUGAAGCAUAAAAAUGUUGCCGAUAGUGUCAUAAUGAGUUCAGAUCAAGAGGAUGGGGUUAUAAAUACUGUUUCUACUUUUAAGCUAAACCAUGAGGCAUAUUUGUUGGCGGGUGGAAACAAGUCUUUGACAUUGUGGAAUAUUUCCGAGGAUGACGAUAGUACUGAUGAUUUCAUGCAGAGUUCAGGUUCGACCUUGGCCACCUUGCCGGCGUUGCAAAAGGGUGUUCGUCUUAGUGACAACGAUAUGUUGUCAAUGUUGAAAAAAUUCAUCUCCUACAAGACGAUUUCCAAGAAUCCUCUACUUUACCUUGAGGACAGUCGUCAUUGUGCUAAAUUUUUGUCACGUUUGUUGAACAAGUUUGGUUCAUACCAGACGAAUUUGUUGCCAGUGGAGAAUGGGAAUCCAAUCGUGUUUGCCGAGUUUAAAAAGAAUAGUACCACAACAUCACCCAAACAUGAAAGGGUUCUUUAUUACGGACAUUACGAUGUAGUUGAUGCUACAAACCAUGAGGCUAGAGAUUGGAGCACAAAUCCGUUCGUGUUAACAGCAAAGGAAGGCAACUUGUAUGCUCGUGGUGUUAGUGAUAACAAGGGACCCACCCUAGCGGCAAUCUAUGCUGUUGCUGAUCUUUACCAUCGACAUGAGUUGGGUUGCGAUGUCGUAUUUAUCAUUGAAGGAGAAGAAGAAUGUGGGUCAACCGGAUUUCAAAAUGUGAUUCAGCAACAUAAGAGUUUAAUUGGCGAAAUUAAUUGGAUACUCUUGAGCAAUUCAUACUGGUUGGAUGACGUUACCCCAUGUUUAAACUAUGGGCUCCGAGGACUCAUAAAUGCCAAUGUUAUUAUCAAGUCAGACAAACCUGAUCGUCAUUCGGGUGUUGAUGGCGGUGUUAGUCGUGAACCAGUUAUGGAUAUGAUGCAAAUUUUAACCACUUUGCUUGAUCCAGUGACGCAAAAGAUUCAAAUUGAUGGGUUUUACGAUGACUUGUUGUCGUUGUCACAACUGGAACAGGCCUUGUAUCAGGAGAUUGAGAAUAGAUUGCCACAAAAUGUCGACAUUGAUGUGUUGCAAGCCAAAUGGCGUCAACCUUCACUUACAGUACACAAGAUACAAGUAUCGGGACCAAAUAACAACACCGUGAUUCCACAAGUGGUUAACGCUACAAUAUCGAUGCGUAUAGUUGCUAAUCAGGAUUUGACGACGAUUAAACAGAAAUUAAUUGACCAUUUAAAUUCAGCAUUCAAAACCCUUGGGUCUGAUAAUCAUUUACAAAUCAAUGUAUUCCAUGAAGCCGAACCGUGGUUGGGUGAUCCAUCGAAUAAGAUGUAUCUGAUUUUAUACAAGAAUUUACAAUUGCAUUGGCAACAAGAUCCUAUUUUCAUUCGCGAAGGUGGAUCGAUUCCUUCUAUUCGAUUUCUUGAAAAAUGCUUUGAUGCGCCAGCAGCACAAAUUCCAUGUGGCCAAGCUAGUGACAAUGCCCAUUUGAAGGAUGAAAAAUUGCGUAUUGUUAAUUUGUUCAAGUUGAGACUGAUUUUAAGUGAUACGUUGAAGGAGUUGGGGGGUUUAACUUAG